AUGACAAUUCAACGCAAAAAAGUAGUUACAUCAUUAAUUGAAGAUAUGGUUGAAGAAGAAAUUAUAAAAAUUAAUCGAAAAUUACAAAAAAUGAUCGAUAAAUCUGACGUGGAUGAAAGUAUUGCUCGAGAUUUACUUGUUCGUUUACAAGCAUCACGUAUAACACUUAGUACUCUGCAUAAAACGGGUAUUGGAAAGACCGUAAAUAAUUUACGACGACUAAUUACUAAUGAAGAUUUAUCAACUGUUGCUAAAAGUCUUCUAAAAAAUUGGAAAAAACUUGUACCCGAAACUUCAUCAGUAUCAGCAAAUAAAGAUGAUAGACAAUCAACAUCAAACAGUAGUAAUAAUAGCCAAAAUUCACAAGAAACAAAUGUAACUAAUGGAAAAAAUAGUGAUUCUGAUAAACCUACAAAACAACAAUCAUUUAUAAAAUCUUCAACAUCGAAUAGUUAUACAGCAUUACACACUCAAGACGAAUUUCGAUUAAAAUCACGUGAUCUUUUAGCCGCUGCUCUUUCAAUUUCUGAACUUCCUGAAGGAUCUGAUGAUCCAGUAGAAUUAUCUGCUCGUAUUGAAGAUGCUAUCUAUAAAGAACUUAAAGAUACAGGUGUUAAAUAUCGUAAUCGUGUUCGUAGUCGUAUUUCAAAUUUAAAAGAUGUAAAAAAUCCAAAUCUUCGUAUAAAUGUUCUUCUCGGUAUAAUUACACCCGAACGAUUCGCUGUACUUACAGCUGAAGAAAUGGCAAGUGAUGCAUUAAAACAAGAACGAUCAAAAUUAACAGAUAUGGCUAUUAAUGAAUGUCAACUUGCUGUUGAUGAAGGCACUGGUACUGAUCUUAUUCAAUGCAAAAAAUGUAAACAAAAUAAUUGUGCGUAUACAGAAGUUCAAACACGUAGUGCUGAUGAACCCAUGACUUUAUUUAUUCUUUGUAAAAGUUGUGGAUAUCGUUGGAAGAUGUAG